CUCGACAUACCCGUCGUCAGUGUCGAGUCUGCAAGGCGUGUAGUCUGGUCGCGUUUGAAUAUACUAACAAAACCAAAAUAAAAAUCACGGUUAAAUUGCUUUCUGAAGGCUUCCGAAAGUGUCUUUGGCAACAUUUUUUACCUGUACCAUGGUAGUGAUCACGUGGAUUUCAAUCGCAUGUUUGUCAACGGUCUGCUGGUGCUGUUGCUCGGCAAACUCUUCGCCGAGGGUAAAUGUUGAGUCGGGAGAACUCUCCGGACUCGUCGACUACACUCACAUCUCCGGCCGACCCUUUUACUCGUUUCUAGGCGUUCCCUACGCCAGUCCGCCUGUACAUGAAAAUCGUUUUAAGGAAGCACAACCAGUGAAACCUUGGGUAGGCAUAUGGAACGCUACGAUCCCCGGAAGUGACUGUUUAGGAUUUGACCACAGCAAGUUCAAAGUUGUGGGGCAAGAAGAUUGUUUAUACCUUAAUGUUUACACGCCAACAUUACCUCAAGAAGGAUCAACAUCUGGUGGAUCGAUGAACGUGAUAGUGUACAUCCACGGCGGAGCAUUCCAAUUCGGAUCCGGAAUCGGUUACACGCCGCAUUAUCUGUUGGAUGGAAACGAUUUGGUGUUCGUCUCGAUUAACUACCGUCUGGGACCGUUGGGGUUCGCAAGCACCGGUGACGACACUCUGCCCGGCAACAACGGCUUAAAGGAUCAGGUGGCCGCGUUGAAAUGGGUUCAACGGAACAUCGGGGCGUUUGGCGGCAACCCGGAAGCGGUGACCAUUGCCGGAAUGUCAGCGGGCGGAGCCAGUGUCCAUUAUCACAUGUUAUCUCCAAUGUCACUAGGUUUAUUUAACCGCGCAAUUGCUGAAAGUGGAAGUGCUUUUUGCCACUGGGCCUACGCAGAAAAUGUCGUUUCAAAAACUACUCAACUAGCUGAGUCAUUAGGAUGUCCUACAUAUUGCCCAGCGGCUAUCAUAAAAUGUCUUAGAUCGAGACCAGCAAUGGCCAUUGUACAGUCAUUGGAAAAUUUCAUGCCAUGGAAAUACAAUCCUUUUACGGUUUUCGGCCCAACCAUCGAACCAGAAGGAGAAAAUCGGUUUUUGACGAACUUGCCUGAGAACUUAUCAGCUCAAGAUGUCCCGUCACUAUUUAGUUAUACUCAGGACGACGGUCUUUAUCCUUCCGCUGAAUUCGUAACACUCGAAGAAACUCUUGUUGAAAUGGAAUCCAAAUGGGAUAAAAUUAUACCAUUUGUACUUGACUACAAUAACACUAUAUCAGACGAAUCUUUGAGACCUGAAAUCGCAAAGAAAAUCAAAUCGUUUUACUUUGGAAAUAAUCCUGUAUCUCUAAGAACCAAAAACAACAUAAUCGAGAUGACUUCGGACAGGAUGUUUAAAGAACCCACGGCUAGAACGGCAAAACAUUUGGCUUCAAAAAGCUCAUCACCUGUAUAUUUUUAUGAAUUUGCUUACAGAGCUAAAGAUUCGCUUUCAGAUAAAUAUUCCAAAACCGGAAAUUCUGAAGGAUUAGGUGUGUCGCACGGUGACGAUACCAUGUUCGUGGUUAGGACUACUUAUGGAAAUCCGCAUGCCAACGUAGAAGACGCCAAAUUGAUUCCAGUCAUGGUAAACAUGUGGACAUCGUUCGUCAAAACUGGUGUUCCAGAUUUAGGAAGCUCAGUGGUAUGGUCGCCGGUGUCCAAGAAUCCCGACGACCCUCUCAAAUUGAUCAAAAUCACUCAAGCCCAAACAUUCGAGCCCCAAGAACUCGCCGACCCCGGUAACCAUACGUUCUGGAGCACGUUACCGCUAACCGAGUUUACAGCCGAUGGUUUGUUAGGAAACCGCGUCAACCGUGUCGAACUUUAACGUAUUCGUUCUCGAACGUUAUUAUAUUGUCUGACAGUUUUGAAGUGCUUGUAAUCUUACAUACAAUCUUAUAUCUUACGUUUUCCGUUUUUAAUGCUUGUUUUUACUUGUUUAGUUUUUUAUUAGAAAUAAUAAAGUAGAAAAAUAAAGUU